GAAUGGGGGAGGGAGGGGACCUGGCAGGCCCCACCUCCAGGACCACAGGAGCCGCCCCCAGCUCAGAGGCUUGCACUGCCCUGAUGGCUCCCGACCCCAGCAGACGCCUCUGCCUGCUGCUGCUGCUGCUGCUGCUCCUCUCCUGCUGCCUUGUGCCUGCCAGGGCUGAUGGGAAUUCCUUGAAUCCUCUGAACCCCCUGAAUCACCUGGUGUGGCUGUGGCCCCCCAAGACCUCUGAUUCCUCGGAAGCACCAGUCUCUCAACCCCAGAUCAAUUCACCUGUGAAGGCCAGAGAGAACCCAAGCACGCACGUGGCCCCCCAGGAUGGCCUCACAGAACAACGGACAACCCCUGCCAGCCCCACGCUGCCCCCGGAGGAUCAGGAAGCUGGCCAGAGCGGGACCCCUGCAACCCCUGCCACCCCCAUCCUCCCGACGGCCUCUGCCGCGAGCCCAGACACGAAGGAGGAGAAUGUUGCCGGUGUUGGAGCCAAGAUUCUGAAUGUGGCUCAGGGCAUUCGGAGCUUUGUCCAGCUGUGGGAUGAGGACACUGUUACUGAGAACUCUGCUGGGAUGGAGGCCUCAGCUGGCUCCACCCCUCCGGUCCUCUUCACGCCUGCCAAGCUCUCCAGUGCCCCCCAGGAGAGCGAGACAACUCUCUGGCUAAGCAGUGGUGUUCCAAGUUCUCCAGAUGUUCAGACAACCGAGGCUGGCACAUCGGCUGUGCCCACCCAGCCACCUCCCUCCCUGAACAGUCUCCAGGCACCACUGAGAAGACCUUCAGCACCCCCAGGUAGAGCAUUUCUCUCUGCUGCACAAAUCAGGGCUCCUGCCUGGGGGAGCCAGGAGCCCCCCAGGCAGCCCCAACAUCUGGAGAGGAACGGACACUGGCCUAUGACAUCCAGGUCCAGCCAGCAGCAUGGACAGUCAGAUGUCCACUCUGACAUCCACGGGCACAUACCUCUUCUUCCCCUGGUGACGGGUCCCCUGGUGACGGAUCCCCUGGUGACGGCUUCUCUGAGUGUACACCAUUUCCUCUCUGUUCCUUCCUCUGACCCUUCAGCCCGAAUCUCUCCAGUAGCAUCUUUACCUGGGUCCCCUGGUGCUUGGGUUUCCCACGUGGCUACCUCGUCAGGGCCUGAGCUUUCUAAUGACUCUGUACUGCUGGGAUCUGCUUCUCUGGCCUCUGCCAGCCAAUGCCUGCCCCUGCCACCCGCUCUGACCAUCUGCAGCCGCCUAGGUAUCGGACACUUCUGGUUGCCCAAUCAUCUACACCACACAAACAGUGAGGAGGUAGAGGCCGCCGCACAGGCCUGGGGGCGUCUCCUCCAUACAAGCUGCCACCCUUUCCUGGCCUGGUUCUUCUGUCUGCUGUUGGCUCCCUCGUGUGGCCCAGGCCCACCACCUGCCCUGCCACCCUGUCGUCAGUUCUGUGAGGCCCUGGAGGAUGCAUGCUGGACCUACCUAGAUGGGGGCAGGUUGCCAGUCAUCUGUGCCUCUCUCCCUUCUCAGGAGGGUGGAUACUGUGUGUUCAUUGGGCCAGCUGCAGACGAUGUUGCCGAGGAGGUGGGGCUGUUGCAGCUCCUUGGGGACCCGGUGCCCCAGCAGAUCUCACAAAUCGAUGACCCUGACGUCGGGCCGGCCUACGUCUUUGGAGCGGACUCCAACAGUGGCCGGGUGGCCCAGUAUCCCUUCCCUAAACACUUCUUCCGUGACUUCUCGCUGGUGUUUCAUGUUCAACCAGCCACAGAGGCCGCAGGGGUGCUCUUUGCCAUCACAGACGCCGCGCAGGCAGUGGUCUCACUGGGUGUGAAGCUCUCCGCGGUGCGAGACAGAUACCAGAACAUCUCACUGCUCUACACGGAGCCUGGUGCCACCCGGACCCAGACGGGUGCCAGCUUCCGCCUGCCUGCAUUUGUCGGCCAGUGGACACACUUUGCCCUCAGCGUGGACGGAGGCUCCGUGGCUCUCUACAUAGACUGUGAAGAGUUCCAGAGAGUGCCAUUUGCUCGGUCCCCACAGGGUCUGGAGCUAGACCAUGACUCUGGCCUCUUUGUGGGUCAGGCCGGAGCAGCGGAUCCCGACAAGUUCCAGGGGAUGAUCUCAGAGCUGAAGGUACGCAGAACUCCCCGGGUGAGCCCUGUGCACUGCCUGGAUGAGGAUGAUGACGAUGAAGACAGGGCAUCUGGAGAUUUUGGGAGUGGCUUUGAGGAAAGCAACAAGUCACACAGGGAAGAGGAUACAUCUCUAUCACCCAGGCUCCCCCAGCCACCCCCUGUCACUUCCCCACCCUUGGCUGGAGGCAGCACCACAGAAGAUUCCAGAACAGAAGAAGUGGAGGAAGAAACCACUGUAGAUUCUAUAGGAGCUGAGGCCCCUCCCGCCACAGAUUCAAGUGGAGCAUGGGAUGAGAGUGUCCAGAGCCAUGGAGGUGGCUUGAUGAAGGGAGGUCUGAAAGGACAAAAGGGAGAGCCAGGUGCUCAGGGCCUACCUGGCCCGGUUGGGCCCCAGGGUCCUGCAGGUCCAGUGGUACAGAGCCCCAAUGCGCAACCUGUCCCCGGAGCACAAGGACCCCCAGGACCUCAGGGGCCACCAGGGCAGGAUGGCACACCAGGAAGGGAUGGCGAACCGGGCGACCCUGGUGAAGAUGGGAGACCGGGUGACACUGGACCUCAGGGCUUUCCAGGGACCCCAGGUGAUAUGGGCCCCAAGGGUGAGAAGGGAGAUCCUGGUGUUGGGCCUCGAGGACCUCCAGGACCUCCAGGGCCACCAGGACCCUCCUACAGACAGGACAAACUGACCUUCAUCGACAUGGAGGGAUCUGGCUUCAGUGGAGACCUGGAGAGCCUCAGAGGCCCGCGAGGUUUCCCGGGACCCCCGGGACCGCCUGGUGUCCCUGGACUGCCUGGUGAGCCAGGGCGCUUUGGAGUCAACAGCUCCUAUGCUCCAGGACCUGCAGGCCUUCCUGGUGUGCCUGGGAAGGAAGGGCCCCCCGGUUUUCCUGGUCCCCAGGGACCUCCAGGUCCUCCAGGCAAAGAGGGCCCACCAGGAGUGGCCGGCCAGAAAGGCAGUAUGGGUGUUGCAGGCAACCCAGGACCCAAGGGGAGCAAAGGAGACCUUGGGCCUGUCGGUGUACCUGGAGAGAUUGGUGCGGCUGGACCCCCUGGACCAGCAGGACCCCCAGGACCGCCAGGGCCACCAGGGCCACCAGGACCAGGAUUUGCUGCUGGAUUUGAUGACAUGGAAGGUUCUGGAAUACCCUUCUGGUCAACAGGCCGAAGCUCCGAUGGGGUGCAGGGACCUCCAGGGUUGCCGGGACUCAAGGGGGAUCCUGGAGUGGCGGGGCCACCUGGAGCCAAGGGAGAAGUCGGAGCAAACGGAGGCCAGGGCAUCCCUGGCCCCCCAGGAAGAGAGGGUGCAGCUGGGGCCCCGGGGCCAAAAGGAGAAAAAGGGAGCCAGGGAGAAAAGGGAAACCCAGGAAAAGAUGGAGUGGGGCAUCCAGGCCUCCCUGGCCCCCCCGGACCUCCAGGACCUGUGGUCUAUAUGUCAAAUGAUGAUAGAGCAGUAGUAAGCACGCCAGGACCUGAGGGCAAGCCAGGGUAUGCAGGCUUCCCGGGACCUGCCGGACCAAAGGGUGACCUGGGUUCCAAAGGCGAGCGGGGUCUUCCAGGGCCUAAGGGCGAGAAGGGAGAGCCAGGUACUAUCUUUGGCCCUGAUGGCAGAGCCCUGGGCCACACCCAGAAAGGAGCCAAGGGAGAACCAGGCUUCCGAGGACCCCCGGGUCCUUAUGGGCGCCCUGGGCACAAGGGUGAAAUUGGUUUCCCUGGACGGCCGGGUCGUCCCGGAACAAAUGGACUGAAAGGGGAGAAGGGGGAGCCUGGAGAUGCCAGCCUUGGGUUCAGCAUGAGGGGACUACCUGGCCCCCCUGGGCCUCCAGGCCCCCCAGGCCCUCCCGGGAUGCCCAUCUAUGACAGCAAUGCAUUUGUGGAGUCUGGUCGACCUGGACUACCGGGACAGCAAGGUGUGCAGGGGCCUUCAGGACCAAAGGGUGACAAAGGCGAAGUGGGCCCACCUGGGCCACCAGGUCAGUUCCCCAUUGAUUUCUUCCACCUGGGAGCUGAAAUGAAGGGCGACAAAGGAGACCGAGGGGAUGCUGGACAGAAAGGAGAGAGGGGAGAACCUGGGGCUGGUGGUGGAUUCUUCGGCUCAAGUGUACCUGGACCACCUGGCCCCCCUGGCUACCCUGGGAUUCCGGGCCUUAAGGGAGAGAGCAUCCGGGGCCCACCAGGCCCUCCUGGCCCUCAGGGACCUCCUGGUAUUGGCUAUGAGGGGCGCCAGGGCCCCCCAGGACCUCCAGGGCCUCCAGGACCCCCCUCAUUCCCUGGCCCUCAUAGACAAACUGUCAGUGUUCCUGGUCCUCCGGGCCCACCUGGCCCCCCAGGUCCUCCAGGCGCCAUGGGUGCCUCUGCUGGGCAGGUGAGGAUCUGGGCCACAUACCAGACCAUGCUGGACAAGGUACGCGAGGUACCCGAGGGCUGGCUCAUCUUUGUGGCUGAGAGGGAAGAGCUCUACGUACGUGUCAGAAAUGGCUUCCGGAAGGUGCUGCUGGAGGCACGGACAGCACUCCCACAUGGGACGGGAAAUGAGGUAGCUGCCUUGCAGCCCCCACUGGUGCAGCUUCACGAGGGCAGUCCAUAUACCCGGCGGGAGCACUCCUACUCCACGGCACGGCCCUGGCGAGCAGACGACAUCCUGGCCAACCCACCACGCCUGCCAGACCCACAACCUUACCCCGGAGUUCCACACCACCAGCACCACAGCUCCUAUGUGCACCUUCCUCCAGCCCGCCCCACAGGCUCACCUGCCCACACUCACCAGGACUUUCAGCCAGUGCUCCACCUGGCGGCACUGAACAGCCCGCUGUCGGGUGGCAUGCGUGGCAUCCGCGGGGCCGAUUUCCAGUGCUUCCAGCAGGCCCGGGCCGUGGGGCUAUCUGGCACCUUCCGCGCUUUCCUGUCCUCAAGGUUGCAGGACCUCCGCAGCAUUGUUCGCCGUGCUGACCGAGAGUCUGUGCCCAUCGUUAACCUGAAGGACGAGGUGCUAUCUCCCAGCUGGGACGCCCUGUUUUCUGGAUCCCAGGGCCAACUGCAGCCUGGGGCCCGCAUCUUUUCUUUCGAUGGCAGAGAUGUCCUGAGACACCCAGCCUGGCCUCAGAAGAACGUAUGGCAUGGCUCAGACCCCAGUGGGCGCAGGCUGACGGAAAGCUACUGUGAGACGUGGCGGACGGAGGUGAGCGGGGCUACAGGUCAGGCCUCCUCAUUGCUGUCAGGCAGGCUCCUGGAACAGAAAGCUGCGAGCUGCCACCAUGUCUACAUCGUCCUGUGCAUUGAGAAUAGCUUCAUGACCUUUUUCUCCAAGUAGGACCUCUGCCAGCUAGAAUGGCAGACAGAGGUGGUGCAAAGGUUGGACACAGUGCAGGGAGCAUCGAGCCAGCGCCCAGGGCCUGGCUGAGAUACGGUCCCGUUUGGUUCAUGUUUUAUGUAAUCCUCAAGAAAUAAAAGGAAGCCAAAGAGUA